AUGGCUGGGCUUGCGAUAGUGGUGGCCGCCGCCUUGGCGCUGUGCCUGCUGCUGGCGCCCCCCGGCCUCGCGUGGUACAAGCAGGCGGCGGGGCCGGCCUACUACUCCGUGGGUUGCGCCGCGGGGCUGUUGUCCGGCUUCCGCAGGUCGCCGUACGCGCGGCGCUCCGAGCCCCCCCGUGGGCACGGGACCCCCCGGGACGGGCUGGAGCCUUUCCCGGAGCUGCGCCCCAGCCUGCGGAGCCUUGCCUUGUGCGUCGAGGACGUUACCCGGAACCUGCAGAGCUGCGAGCGGCUCCCCGACGGCCGAGCCAUGUUCCAGUGCAAGGCCGACGUCUUCCUGUCACUCCGCGCCGCAGACUAUCUUAGCACGUGAACCCCGAUCCCGGAACGUGGACCUGGCCUGGCUCCCGCGGGCACACCCUGGGGCCUGCCCUUGCCCUGGCACCAGAUGGCACCCAGUACCGCCCACCCAUCCCCAUAGUAAAUGGCUUAAUGAAUAAAUGAGACUCGCAGCCUCUGGGGGGGCCGGUGGCCCAGCAGACGGAGUGGGCAAG